AUGGCGCUCUUGUACGAGACAGUGCCAACUUCCGAGGACACCUGGAUUGAAUGUCUUGGUGACUUGGGAAGAUACCGAAUGGCCAUUGAAGACGAUGACCUGAAGGACCGCAAAGUGUGGACAUCUGUUUCACGGCAUUGGUACUCCAAGGCUAGCAAUAAGGCUUCAACUACAGGCCGCCUGUAUCAUCAUCUUGCAAUUCUGGCCCGUCCAAACGCUCUGCAGCAACUGUUUUACUACACAAAAUCUCUCUGUGUCCAGAUCCCCUUCUUAUCUGCAAGAGAGUCGAUCAUGACCCUCUUUGACCCGCACCUCAACGGGAUCCCAACGCGUCUGCAAGAGAUUGACGCCGCGUUCAUCCGCGCGAACGGUAUCUUGUUCAGCGGAAUGAAUACGGAUCAGCUUGAGUCGUCUGUUUGCGAAUUCGUCGACAGCUUGGACUUCCACAUUGCCCGUCACACUCGCCUUUGGCUUGAAAGUGGCUACCAUAUUUCCGUCGCCUUAGGCUGCGCAAUCCUCGAGUACGGCAGCGAAAGCAAUCCCAUCAUCAGAGCCAUAAAACUAGGCAGUGUCGACGACGCAGACGUCCCAAAGGAUGUGGCUGAGACUGUCAUUGCUCCAACUCAGAAAUUCCUAGACGCCCUCGACUUUGCAGCUCGCACCCACAACGUAGUGUUCAGACGAUUCGGCGACGACAACACUAGACCCUACUUACACGUCACCCUCUCUUUUCUCUACCACAUGUCUCAGUUUCCCGCUGCAAUGGCACUUAUAGAAGAAAAGAUGCCGUGGAAACUGAUUUCCUUGCUCCUCAACACGAUAAACUCCAAAGACAUGUCCAUUAAGACCAUCAAAUCCGAGGAGUUCCCUCGACCAGACAAGGGUGAUCCUCGUCCUCUCCCUGACGAUUUCGCGCAGCGGGGUCUUCUGUGGGUUGAGAACUAUUACCCCAACGACUGGUUCACGGCCGCAAAGGUAGAUGACGACGAGAAACACUUUGAAGUCGCAUCAAUGAUGGAAGAGCGUUCAUCUCGUUGUCUAUGGCUGGGUUGUCGACUAGCAGCGACGAGCACGUGGUUGACCUACAACAAAGAAACGAGCCAAUUCGGCGUGGCGUCCCACUAUGAGAUGAAUAUUGACUUGAGCAGCGAUGCUACGCCCCAAUCCAAUGGAGAGGGUGUCAACGAUACGAAAACGCCAGGUGCUCCAGAAGCGAGCAAUUGAUGGUGCUUCAUCGGGGGCUUUGUGAAUAGGUUACGAUAGAAGGUGUAGGACGUUCUCUGCGUGUGGCUUACUUGGUUGUAUUCCACGAAAUAAAGAAUCUUCUCGGUGUCAAGGGGCUUGUUGUUUUGUUCCUGGGUUUUUUUUCUCAACGCGACAUUCCCCAUAGUGUUGUUGCUCAAAUAGAGUAAUCUUGGUCAAGUUCCUUGGAGCGUUGUCCGUGCAUUGUAUUACCCGUGGCCCGUGCAAUAACAUCUUUUUGUGGGCGGCCCUCAGGAGGAUACCAUCUCUGCCAGUGGAGG